GUGAAAAUGCGGCCCACUUGGGCGGAUCUCAAGUUUAUCUUUUGGCAUGUAGACAUGAACCAUAACAGUCUAUGACCAUAACGCGCAGUAAUCAUGCCGUACUCUGCCUUCACAGCUCAUGUACUUUGCUGUCUUUGUCUUUGGGGAUGUGUGGCAGAGAGUAUGCGUACAUUACCUCAUGUAGAGCAGUUUGAUGUGGUGAGACCUAAAAGACAAAAGGUACAGUCUGAUAAAAGUCCACAAAGCCAUGAGACGUAUCCUGAUAGACUCGCAUAUAAAUUAUUCUUUGGAGGGAAAGAUCACCUCGUUCAUUUGGAAAAGAACAGGCAACUCAUCGGACAUAAUUACUCUGAAAUAUAUUAUCAAGAUGAUGGACUGAUUGUGAGCAGAAAUCCAAAUUUAAAGGACAACUGCUACUAUCAUGGCCAUAUUCAGGAUUUGGAAGAUUCCUCAGUCAGUGUGGGAAUCUGCUCUGGAAUCAGAGGUUUUGUUCGAGUGAAACAGCAAGUAUACCUGAUUGAGCCCCUGACCAACCAUAGUGAUGGAGACCAUGCACUUUAUAAGCAUGAACAUCUGAGGUGGAAGAGAAGCUCUUGUGGUGAACCGAGCACCACCAUUUAUGACCAUGAACCACCAGUGGCUGUCCCCUUAAAGUCCAGCAGAUCGAAAACAAAGCGAUUUCACACGCCAAGAUUUGUGGAAUUGUUUCUUGUGGUGGAUAACACUGAGGUACGAAUUUAA